UCCAAUUGCUUAUGCAAGCUCACAACUACUCUGUUGAAAGAAACAUGCCAAAUCCUUCAAUGCCAACAUUGUAUUUGUGCAUUGGAAGUUAGUAAGACACGCAACUUUCAUUGCAGCACACUCAAAGUCUAUUCACCGCAAAGAAAGAAAGACAAAGAGAGAGAAGCUUUUGAAGCCGUGCCUUAACCACCGCAAGGUAAAAUUGGCACAUAAUGACUGAUUUACAUGAAUAACUGAAGUAAUAUAUUCUCAACAAAUGUCUAUAUAGACAAAUGACAUUUUGGAGAUAAUGACAUUAUUAUAUACCAGACAAACAACUGCGACUAAAAUGAAUCUAAGAUUUUGCGCUAUAGUGAUGUUAUCAAUGCUGGUAGCAGCCAUCUUCCUCAAUCUCGUCAGCUGCGAGGCCAACGUAAGUAACUUGGCCUUGGAGAAGGAACGAGUUGCUCGCAAAUACUUCGAGCUCGAGGAUUUGAAUAAAUUCGAUUUUCAAGUGGUUACGACAAGCAACACUGGGAAUAUACGCUUAAAAAGAGCCGCUCAGCAGCAACAACGAUUGAUCAGACAACAAACUCCGCAAAAGAAACAGAGACCCGGAUUCUUUUGGACCCUCGCCAGGGUUACAUACGAGACUUUCAAUGAUACGCGUUCGGCAAUCCAACAGAUAAGUCAGAUAGUUAAUGAGGCCAUCCCAGCCGAGCAGCCAAAAAAGACGAAGAAGCCGACAGUGCCGCCCAAGUCGUCGUCAGCUAAUUUGAAAGCUGACGAGACUGCGAGUGCAGGUAUCAACGCAACGACACUUGCACCAACGACUACGACUGAAGAAUUUAAAUUGACGAGGCCUCUACUUCAGAGUAUUCUUAGGCGAAAUGUUAAGGGUUUAGUUAGAUUGUUUAACAUCGAGUGGAAGGAUGCUAUGAACGAAUCUCGGAAAACCGUGGUUGAGUUCCGACGUGACCUUGGCAAAGAGAUCGGGAAGUACCUGCAAGACAAUCCAAACGCCUACCGAUAACGAGAUGCGAUCACCCACAUUUACAAUAGACGUGUGGGCUUCCAAUAUAAUCGUCGAGAAGUUUUAGGGGAGAAAAAUUCGCCUUGCAUUGCCAAAGACUUUGAUAAAAUAUAAAAGAUGGAGGCUAAACUUGCGCGAGUGCAGUGAAUCUUUGUUUGUAUCAAAGAAUGUAUAGUUUUGUAUAUUUAUUACGCUGUGUCGUCAAGCCAUUAAGACGUUUUACGUUCCCAUUGUGUGUACUACCAUUUCAUGCGCUAGCUCGCACGCUACAACACGUUAAUUGUGCGUGCUGCGUACGAAAAAAAUACAUGUAAAUAUAAGGCAUUGUAAUUCGACGUUGAAAUGUUUUAACCAAGCAUUGCCUAUGUCUGGCUCAACUGGAAUUUUAAUAGCCAAGCCGACGACGAGAAAGAUAACAUUGUGAAGACGACGGCGUAUAAAACGUUGUCAGUUGUAUUAUUUGUGUAAAGAAACGGCAUAAAGAAAAGUAUUCCGUUAACAUGACUCUUAACGAAUAAUAAAAAUGGUAUUUUGAUUUUAUGUA